ACCUGUCCGAUUCUCGGUUCGAGUCUUCUUUUUAAUAAAUAGUCGUCUGCUAUUUUUAUGAUUGUUUUGGUUUUAGUACUAAAUUAUAAUGGAAAUCACACAAACACAGGCACCUUGGCCUGUGAUUAUACACCAAAGUUUAGAACAUACGGAAUUAGGAAAAUUCCUGGCACAGAAACGUUUUAAACUACGCAUUUCAGAGACAGUAACACCAUAUAGCAUAAUUUUUCCGAAAUCUGGUGUUGCCUUUCUCUAUGUAAAUCUUUCGCCGUCAUUGUGGAAUUCGGAAUCAGAACAGCUAAAACAAGAUUUUAUAAACAGCAUUGACAAAUUUGUUCAAGUUCAUCGGAACUGUUACUUUCUUGCGCAGGCAUCGCAGUACGGAGAAAAAGAAUUCAAGCUGCUUUCUGCUAUACAGCUUCACUAUUUGUUGACAACUCUUCAAAUCGUCCCUAUCCACAAUGCAAGUGAUGGAGUGAAGGCCAUGAUUAACAUUGCAAAGCUUCUCUGCAAGCCAGUUUCUGAUCUGAUGAACGAGCGAUUCAGGAUUCUUCUGCAGAACCAGACGGCCACUGUUCCAUCCAUCUUGAAACAGCUGCAUCUCGACGAUCAUCAGAUCCAGAUGUUACAAGAUGGUGUUGGCAGCCUGGCUACGUUGGCAUCGGCGACACGAGACGACCUCCUCGACUGCUGUCUCGAUUCAGCAACGGCCAACAGAAUUCUGGAAUUCUUUAAAUCGAAGCAACCAGGGCUGUACUUGUCUCAAAAUAACUAGGAGGGAGGUGGAGGCGCAAUAAAGAAAUAAUCAGUGCACAAUAAUACAGUCACAGAAUAUUCUCCAGUUUAACAAAUAGUUAGAAACGUAAAUGGUUGUGUCAAAGUCAUAAGGCAACACCAUAAGAAACAAGUGACUUAUACGAGAGUAUAUUAAAUUUACAUUGAAAAGUUAAUUAUUUCCAUUUACUGUUGUUUUUUGUUGGGUUUUUUGUUUUGUUUUUUAUCAACAGUUAAAAUUGGGCAAGUGAAUUUUUAACCAUGGCUAGUGAAUUUUAUAAUUCACUGACCCCAUGGCAAGUUAAUUUUUGUAAAAUUCUAGAACCCCUGAAUAGCCAAUUGUGACAAGACAACUUUACUAUUUAAUCAGUUGCUGAGCAAUUAGCUAUUCUCGUAGGAGGCACUCGUAUUGUGUGGCGUUGUCUUUAGUUCUGCUGUCAUUAUCAGAAUGUCUUCCUCAGGUCUUUGGCUGUUCCCCAGAUUUUGGUUUUUAGAGUUGCUCCUUUUGGCCCGGGACCUAAUUCACUAAACUCUUGCAACUUUGCGAUCUCAUAUUGCAAUGCUGAAAGACUUACAAAGAGAAUACUUUGUUGUCUAGCAAACCCUAAGAGACCUUUGUGAAUUAGGCUCCAGGUCUGGUUUCACAAAAUGUGACAUGUGGAAAGGAUUCUGACAUGUAUUUUAAAAGUAAUAUCAGCACUUCAUCACUUCCUGGUCUCAACAAUGACUGCUGUAUAGAUAAAAGAAAGCAAACGUAUGAUGGUAGACCGAUGAGUGCUUUUUGUCUUGAUUCACUGAGCAGUAAUUUUACCUAUUUAGGCAACCAGGCUAGUGUUUUUCUAAAUGACUGAAGAAAGAUGUUUACGUUUAGUCUCAGUUUAAGUAAUUAAAUACAAGUUUAAGUAAUUAUGUACACGUUUAACUUGUAAUUAUAUACAAGUGUUGAAUAAAUCAAGACGAUCCAAUGAUAUAUAUCAUAUUUUAUUUAUAAAAUGAAUAAAACAUUUUUAAACUGUUUGGAAUCUUUUCAAUUUCAACGAAUCACAGCUUCAGUUUGACAUACAAUGUAGAAAAAAACAAAACAAGAUGCCCCAAUUGACAUUUUUGCAGCUUCAUGUUCUAAAACAAACAAUUAGGCCUGUUCCAUAAUUGAUCUUGGGGGAGGUGGGAUGCAUUAUUUUAUGACCGGUGGGUCUGCUGCAAUGUUUUGAUGCAUACAGUUUAAAUACAAAAUAAAUAAAAAUGUAUGGGUGGUGGGUACACAAAAUAGUUACCGCCCCCAUGAGAUAACUUUGAAGACUGACCCUAAAAAUUUAUUUAUCAUAUUCAAUAUGCACCUAUGGUGAGAAGGAAUCUGGUUUAUACCAUUUGUAUUUCUCGGACACUACCAGUGGUGCAUUCAGGACUGCUCCAGAAUUGAUCACCGGGGGGGGGGGGGGGGGGGGGGGGGGGAGAGAGAGAGAGAGAUGAUAUAUAGGGUUGGCAGUGUGGGGUGGUGGUGGUGGUAUCAAUAAGCACCGCAAUUAAUAGUUUAUUCCUGGUGGGUCUGCCAUAUUUAUUUCUAUACAAACUUGGUUUACCGGUAAAUCAAAUUUUAUAUUUUGAAUCAUGAGAACAUAAAAGGAUUGCCCUCCCUCUACCAAAUGUGAUUAUUCUUAUAAAUCACACCCCACUCCAAUACCAUGAACUGAAGACAGAUUGAGCAUCUCCAAGUCUGAAUGGGUGUUCCACGACUCGACCUUGGCGGUACCCCGGGAUGUUUUGGCUACUAAUUUCCCACUCGGGCUACCAGAUAUCUAAACCUGGUAGUCUGCCAGGCUACUAUCUUCUUUUUGCACAUGCAGUUACUCUGCAAUCCAUAAGACACUUGAACAUCUAAAACAAAACCACUUAAAACAACAUGUUUAAAUAAAAAUAAAUUAUUUUGCUUUUAUCUCUCUUUUUAUUUUUUUUAAUUUAUUAAAAUUAUAGGGCUAUCAGUUUUUACCAAGGCCUUCCAGAUUUCAUAACCUGGUAGACCGGAGAAGGGGCUACCAUUAAAAAACAUUAAGGUCGUGGCCUGGUGUUAUUUGCUUCAUUUCUGAUACAGUACGUCAACCAACACAAAUAUCAACUACUGUAGGCAGGAUGUCCAGUCAGGUUUCCAACCUAUCUGACGUGUUAGUCCUUAAGGUCUAACAAGGGACUGUUCAACUAUUAUGUAAAGCUCUAGGGACCCCUACAUGUAGUUUCACACAAACUUGUGAUGCUUAGUUUUACAGAUCACCAAACAAGUCCGUAUGAAUGAUAUCUGGGGUGGGUGAAACAGUUUCUAGUUGGGGUGGGGGGGGGGGGGGGGGGGGGGGGGACUGGGACAAAGCCACAUUUUUAUCUUUGUUUAUAUAGGAUACAAAAACAGAAAUAUACAUUUUUGUCAUCAAGUGGGCUUGCCCAUAUAUGUGUCAAACAAAAUUGCAUACAUUUAUUGCCCAGAUAAAACUAUUUUUUGUUUAGAACAAAUACUGUGACAUUUUAUUUAUCACCAAUGACAGAACUGGUAGUACUAUGCUGUCUUUCCAUUAGUGCAGUUUUACCCGUGUCGGGCGGUACAAAUCGAAUCAGCUGAUUGCAUUGAUGUCUUUCCAUUGCCCUGGGUUAUUAGUUGACUUUCUUGAUGUGACAUGUACAGUAACAUCUAUUAAAUGACUUUGUGCAAUAUAUAUUGAAGGGAAGAAAUAAACACACAAAUAAUAUUGAAUACAA